UCAAAACUUCACUUAAGCAAAAGUACAAAAGUAACAAAAUGUACUUUAAAAGGAAUAAAGGUAAAAGUACUCAUCAUGAGGAUGGACUGUUUUCACACUGUUUUACACAGACUGGAUUAUUGGCUGCUGUUGUUGUUGUUGUUGUCUACAUGUGAGGGUUCGGGUUCGGGUUCUUAUUGGUUUUUAAUCUGAAGCUUUUUCUAUCCUGUUUUUGACAAUGAUGAUUGUCAACAUGAACAUGAUUCAACUCUCUGCACUCUAUUCUCUGGUUUCUACUGAAACUCUGCUGUUGACCUUUGACUUCUGUGGGAGGAGGUUCAGCCCGGGAGUGAGGUGUUCUUUUUAAUAGCCAAUGGGAGAGUCCAGAGGGUGGGGCUUUGAACCAACAGACCAAUAGAGAGAGUCAGGGGCGGAGCCUGAGACGUCACUCCACAUUCACACAGUUGAGUCCUGUACUGUCUGAGCAGAGCGCUAUAACUAAACCUAACCCUACAACUAACUAACUAACUAACUAACUAACUGUAACCCAACAGGUGUUUCCAGUACGACCUGUACUAAUAGUACUGCUGCUUCGACAGUAGAGUGUCCUGCCCUUCCUCUUCCUCCUGUUGUAUUCUUCCUCUUGUCCUCUUUCUUCUUCUUCUUUUCUGCCUGCACAUGGACUCAAUAGUGCCCUCCAGCCUCUCUCUGGUCUCAGUCUUGUCUCUAUUAGCAUGUAGUAUCCAGGUGUUAGCUGCCGUCCUGCUAACGCACAGGUAUGGUAGGCGGAGCUCUGUGAAGGACAGGUGGAUCCUGCUGUGGCUCUACUAUGAUGUCAUUGUCCACUUGACCCUGGAGGGUCCGUUUGUUUACAUGUCUAUGGUUGGGACGGUGCAGACAUCUGAAGGUCCACUGGCUGAACUCUGGAGGGAGUAUGGUAAAGCUGACAGUCGUUGGUUAGUUUCUGAUCCAGCAAUUGUUUCCAUAGAGAUUCUGACCGUCGUCCUAGACUCUUUGUUAGCAGUCCUGCUGAUACACGCAAUACUGAGAGACAAGUACUACAGACACUUUUUGCAGAUCACUCUGAGCGUGUGCGAGCUGUACGGUGGCUGGAUGACCUUCUGUCCUGAUUGGCUGAUUGGCAGUCCUCACCUGAACACAUCCAAUGGUCUCUAUCUGUGGGUCUACCUGGUCUUCUUUAAUGGAGUCUGGGUCCUGGUCCCAGUCCUGCUGCUGGUCCAGUCCUGGUUCUCUCUGAGGAGCCUGCAUGUGCUCAGAACGGACCAUGACAUAAAUAUAGCCAAGAAGAUGAUGUAGAGACGACUUAUCACAUGACCACUGAUCCCAUGAACAUUUAAAGGUUCAUUCGACACAUUUUAGCUCUCAGCUGUUGACUGUGAUCAGUUAUCAAUCUGCUGCAUCGAUUAUUGAACAGAAAAUGAAGAGAUGUGAUCUUUUUGCUUCAGAUUAAAACCUCUUGGAAAAAAAUU